CUCACUCCGGGGUGUGGGGCGGGCGGGCGCUGCGGCUGCCGGGGCCGCCGCUUCCUCGGGCCAUUUUGCUGAGGAGCGACCCGGAGGAGGAGCCGCCGCGGGGACCCGAGGCGAGGAGCAGGCUGCGGCGGCGCGGGCCCGGGCUUUCCUGGACCGCGGGGACCGCGGGGAUCGCGGGGAUCGCGAGGGGCGAAGGGACCGCCGGGGAGGGGACCGGAGAGCCGCGCCCGCCGCGCGGCGCGCCCCUUCCCGCGCCCUGCACCAUGAGCUGGGGCACCGAGCUGUGGGAUCAAUUUGACAACUUAGAAAAACACACACAGUGGGGAAUUGAUAUUCUUGAGAAAUACAUCAAAUUUGUGAAGGAAAGAACAGAGAUUGAACUCAGCUAUGCCAAGCAACUCAGGAACCUCUCGAAGAAAUACCAGCCCAAAAAGAACUCGAAGGAGGAAGAAGAAUACAGGUACACGGCGUGCAGAGCCUUCCUCUCCACCCUGAACGAGAUGAACGACUACGCGGGGCAGCACGAGGUGGUCUCCGAGAACCUGGCCUCGCAGAUCCUCGCGGGCUUGGCGCGCUAUGUCCAGGAGCUGAAGCAGGAAAGAAAAUCGCAUUUCCACGAUGGACGGAAGGCCCAGCAGCACAUAGAGACCUGCUGGAAGCAGCUGGAGUCGAGCAAGCGGCGAUUCGAGCGGGACUGCAAGGAGGCCGACCGGGCCCAGCAGUACUUUGAGAAGAUGGACGCGGACAUAAACGUCACGAAAGCGGAUGUCGAAAAGGCACGACAACAAGCUCAAAUCCGGCACCAAAUGGCAGAGGACAGCAAAGCUGAUUACUCAUCGAAUCUUCAGAAAUUCAACCAUGAGCAGCGCGACUAUUACCACACUCACAUUCCCAACAUAUUCCAGAAAAUACAGGAGAUGGAGGAGCAGAGGAUAGUGAGGCUCGGAGAAUCCAUGAAGACCUAUGCAGAAGUCGACCGGCAGGUGAUUCCCAUCAUCGGGAAGUGCUUGGAUGGAAUAGUGAAGGCGGCCGAGGGCAUUGAUGGGAAAACUGACUCGCAGCUGGUCAUAGAGGCUUACAAGUCAGGGUUCGAGCCGCCCGGAGACAUCGAAUUUGAGGACUACACGCAGCCCAUGAAGCGCACGGUGUCGGAAAACAGCCUCUCCAACUCCAGAGCCGACAGCAAAGCGGAGCCCAAGUUCGGGGGCAAACCCAAAGGGAAGCUGUGGCCGUUCAUCAAGAAAAACAAGCUUAUGUCCCUCUUAACAUCCCCCCAUCAGCCUCCCCCUCCCCCCCCUGCCUCUGCCUCACCCUCUGCUGUUCCCAACGGCCCCCAGUCUCCCAAGCAGCAAAAGGAACCCCUCUCCCAUCGCUUCAACGAGUUCAUGACCUCCAAACCCAAAAUCCACUGCUUCAGGAGCCUAAAGCGAGGGCUUUCUCUCAAGCUGGGCGCGGCGCCCGAGGACUUCAGCAACCUGCCGCCCGAACAGAGGAGGAAAAAGCUCCAGCAGAAGGUGGACGAGUUAAAUAAGGAGAUGCAGAAGGAGAUGGACCAAAGAGAGGCCAUCACCAAGAUGAAAGACGUGUACCUGAAGAACCCUCAGAUGGGAGACCCCGCCAGUCUGGACCACAAGCUGACCGAAGUCAUCCAGAACAUUGACAAGCUGCGGCUCGAGGCCCAGAAGUUUGAGGCCUGGCUGGCGGAGGUGGAGGGCAGGCUCCCGGCCCGCGGCGAGCAGCGCAGGCAGAGCGGCCUGUACGACGCCCAGCCCGCCCCGGCCGUCAACAACUGCGCGCAGGCCCGGGAGAGCAGCCCGGAUGGCAGUUACACGGAGGAGCAGAGCCAGGAGAGCGAGGUGAAGGUGCUGGCCACGGACUUCGAUGACGAGUUUGACGACGAGGAGCCGCUGCCCGCCAUCGGGACGUGCAAGGCGCUCUACACCUUCGACGGCCAGAAUGAAGGGACCAUCUCAGUCACGGAAGGAGAGACGCUGUACGUCAUCGAGGAAGACAAGGGGGACGGGUGGACCCGCAUUCGGAGGAACGAAGACGAAGAGGGCUACGUGCCCACGUCCUACGUCGAAGUCUAUUUGGACAAAAAUGCCAAAGAUUCCUAAGGCGCCGAGGAGCCGGGGCCGGAGCCGGAGCCGUCCCAGUGGAACCCUCCGGGCUGCUUGUCUCCACGACCAGGCUGGGAGCCUGGCCGGGCCACCGAGCGGCCGCGUCUUCGGGCCAAAGGGAUGGCCCUGCUGCAGCCGCCUGCCUCCGCUUUCCUUUCUCCACAGCAUGCUCCCGCCGCUCCCGUGGCCUCCAUCCCGGCCCCCACCCAGCAGGACCACGGAAAGAGCGGGCACGGCUCCCCCCACACACACUCCGGCCCCGGCCUGUCCUCCCAGCGGCUCCGGCCCGUCCACGGUUCACGCUGUGCCUUCGGUGACAACCUGCCGCCCGUCUCCCGGGAGACCACGGAGCCUGGGCAGGAGGGCCGGACCCGCCAGGCGGACUGCGCCCGGCGCCCGUGACGUGGUCCCUCACCUGGGCCCAAGCCCAUCGCCCGUCCGUGGGCCUUCCUGACGCGGGACCUGGCCUCAGGCUGAGCGUCGGCCCUCGCAACACCUCACGGCCUGAGAGCCUCACACAUACAUGUAUAUCCGUGUGUGCACAUGCAUGCACACAGUUUUGGUUGGGGCCCUGCCUUCAGUGGGUCCACACUGGAAGUCGAAUUCCAGUCCUCGGCCCCACCCUGCUGUCCCCAAGAACGGCAGCUGUGGCACCGGGUGGCCGAGGAGCGCCCCCACACUCUGCGUGAACUCGCUGCACAGUGAGAGCUCCCCCCUCUGGGGUUCCAAGAUCUCCGCCUCGAGGAUCCCAGUGCUUCCGUCGCCAAAGGUCCUUUGUGCUGCCCUGGGUGUGGCCUGCGGCUCAGCCUCCACUUCCGUCUUGUGCUCUGGGCCACGCAGACACGGAACUCCCUGCGUUUGCCUCCUGGGCUGCCUCUCCUUCGGCGCCACUCACGCCCCGGGCGGCGGGGCUUCUGUUUGGGGGCCGCAGGCCGGGAGCUCGGUGGAGCCAGGGGUGUGGGGUAGCUCGGUGUCACCUCCUGCAUCCUCAGUUCUCAUCGUGGAUAAGUCCAAGACAAGGCAGUCUCCUAGGAGCCAGAGGGUAGGGAUGGGGCCGGUCCUGAGGGGCGGGCCCGUGGCCAGUAGGAAGAUGGCUCCUCUCGGCAAACCCGGGGUGACCGCACACCACCCUCUGGUUAGCUCACCGACCCUGGUGACUAGGCCCUGAGCGAGCUGGUGCCGGGGGAGCAGGGGAAGGAGGUGGCGUCAAGUGGAGUGUGAGUGAGUGGCCACUGGGCCCUCUCACUCUUUCUUCCCAGAAGUGGGGCUGGGCCCAGACCCCGCAGAGGGAGCAGCCAGCACAGCAGAAGCCAGUCCCGGGAGGGGCGGGCUCAGCAGGUGGCUGACACUGCAGCCAGGGUGCCAGAGGAGUUAGACCCCUCCGCCCACAUCCCUGCAAACCCACAGCAGCGUCCAGGGCUGCUCUGGGACAGUGACCUGGUCUCCAGGAUCCAGUCACCUCGUCCGCAGGCCGCUCUCCCACGCUCACGGAUGUUACGGCUCCGAGUCUGCCCCAGAGCCUCGUGCAUGCGCACUGCGUCUUCUGAUGGGUCCGGCCGGGCACUGCCGCAGCCUGGGGGGCAGGCAGAGGCUGCAUCAGCCUGUCCUGUUCACAUCUGUGCUGUUCACGUCUGUGCCGCUCCGUACAGAACAUGCUUGUGUCCCCGCCCCUCUCUCCCUUCCGCACCCCUGCGCCCGACAGCGUGGAGACCCCGUGCCUGCCCCUCGGCGCUCCGCUCUGCCCAGCGGCGAUCCAGGAAGGAAGCGGUUAGCCGCCAGCCCUGCGCGGCCGUUUACUCCCUGUGGAUCCGUGUUACCACGGAGCCCCCGCCUCUCGUAGGAGCCGGACCUCCCCUCGUGCCGCCCGCCUCCCCCGGACGGCUGCCUGUCACUCCGCCGCCGUUAGCAUAUCGUGUAAGCAGGACACAUCUUUAAAGAGCCUGAGACACAGGGACGUGCCCUUUGCCCUCCAGGACGGAACCACGAGGGGCCGGCCCGAGGGAGGGUUUGGUCUGGGCCUGGCGCUCUUAGGCUGCCGGCGUUGACCGUGCCGGCUGGUCUCGCCGGUGGAGCACGGAGGCCUCGCCGGCCUUUGGCGGCAGCUGCCAUCACACGAAGUUUACCGAACGGAGAACGGGACAUGGUCGAUGCUAAGUGUUUUUCCAGAAACGUGGGUUGCGACUAAAUGGCUCCACCUCCUGUGCUUCUGUCAUCAAAACCGUCUUUAUACAAAGUCACCCGACGGGGCGCACCUGGCCACGGCUGGUGUGUGCGGCCCUGGCCCUGGCCCUGGCCCUGGAGGCCCCGCGGCGUGGCCACGGCCAUUGCCAAGGCUCCGGAGAUGGAUGAACCCGAACACAGGCCACGGGAAGGCCGCCUCGGACCUGCACCUCCAUGUUAAUCUCGUGUCAAAUAAACGUCUCCCUGGC